AUGGUCAACAUCACGGGGAGCUUCAUUUCGCCUUCGGCGGAUGCGACUCUGUAUCCCAAGGUUUUCGCGCCGGGGAUGAUCGCAUCCGUGCUCGAGGGCCUCACGGUCUGGAAAGUGCUGGUGACCCUGUUCGUUGCAGCUGUUGUCUAUGAUCAGUUCAAGUACCACUACCUUAAGGGCGCGAUCAUUGGACCCGCGUACAAGAUCCCCUUUAUGGGCCCGUUCCUGCAGUCUGUCAAUCCCAAGUUCACCGAGUACAAGGCAAAAUGGGACAGCGGCGAGCUGAGCUGCGUUUCCGUCUUCCACAAGUUCGUCGUGAUCGCCUCGACCCGUGACAUGUCCCGUAAGAUCUUCAACUCGCCCGGCUUCGUCAAGCCCUGUGUGGUGGAUGCCGCGCACAAGCUUCUCGGCAAGACCAACUGGGUGUUCUUGGAUGGCAAGGACCACGUGGAGUACCGCAAGGGCCUGAACGGCUUGUUCACCCGCCAAGCGCUGGCCUGCUACCUUCCCCGCGCCGAGGAGGUGUUCGAUGAUUACUACAAGCGUUUCCUGGAGAAGUCGGCCACGGCCAACUUCGAGCCGCGCCCCUGGAUGCCCGAGUUCCGCGAGCUCAUGACUGCUCUCUCGUGCCGCACGUUUGUCGGAUACUAUAUCUCCGAGGAAGCCGUGCAGAGGAUCGCCGACAACUACUACCUGAUCACUGCCGCGCUGGAGCUGGUCAAUUUCCCCGUCAUCCUGCCCUUCACCAAGACGUGGUACGGCAAGAAGGCCGCGGACAUGGUGCUUGAGGAGUUCUCCAAGUGCACUGCUAAGAGCAAGGCGCGGAUGGCCGCCGGUGGUGAGGUUACCUGCAUUAUGGACGCUUGGGUGAAGGCCCAGCAGGAUUCCGCCAAGUACCGGGAGAAGAUUGCCCAGGGUAUCCAAGUUGAUCCCUCGGAGAAGCCUCCUCAGGUCCUGCGUGACUUCAGCGACUACGAGAUUGCCCAGACUGUGUUCACGUUCUUGUUUGCGUCUCAGGAUGCCACUAGCGCUGCCUCGACAUGGCUGUUCCAGCUGAUGGCUGACCGCCCGGAGGUGCUGGACAAGGUCCGCGAGGAGAACCUGCGCGUCCGCCAUGGUGACCGCACUGUGCCAAUGUCCAUGGAUCUGCUCGACAACAUGCCCUACACUCGUGCCGUCGUCAAGGAGACCCUGCGCUACCGUCCCCCGGUCAUCAUGGUCCCCUACCUGGUCAAGAAGGACUUCCCCAUCACCGACAAAAUCACCGUCUCCAAGGGCUCGAUGAUCAUUCCCUCGGUGUGGCCUGCCACUCACGACGAGGAUGCGUACCCCAAUGCCGACUCGUUCGAGCCGGAGCGCUGGAUCACCGGCACAGCCGAGCAGCAGACCAAGAACUGGCUGGUCUUUGGUACGGGUCCCCACUACUGUCUGGGUCAGACCUACGCCCAGUUGUCAUUGAUGGGCAUGAUCGGCAAGGCCAGUAUGGAGAUGGACUGGGAGCACACCCCGACCCCGAAGUCGGAGGAUAUCAAGGUGUUUGCCACCAUCUUCCCUCAGGACGACUGUCUACUCACCUUCCGUCCCCGGAAAUAA